AUGGCAGAAAUUAUAAAAACAAGGAAGUUAAAAGAAGGGGAGCUUUCCACUUCAGGCCAUUUCGUCCGUCUCCGUCUGCAACGUCUACCCCUAACUCACCUCCCCCGCUCCCUUCGAUAUUCUGAACUUAUGGUUGGUGCGACAUUAGUGUUAUUGUGUACCAGACCAUUGGAAGUUUCCAUGUUUGGAGAAGUACCAUGGGUACUGACAGUACCUUCAAUUGCCAUAAUUGGUAGAGAGAUAACCAUGUCAGCAGUAAGGGAAUGGGCUGCUUCACAAAAUAGUAAAGUUCUUGAGGCUGUUGCUGUAAAUAAUCUUGGGAAGUGGAAAACAGCCACACAAAUGAUUGCACUAACUGUGCUCUUGGCUACGCGAGACAGCAGUCUAACAGGGUCAGGAAUUCUAGCUCCCUCCGGUGUUAUUUUGCUUUAUAUCUCAGCGGGUCUUGCUGUGUGGUCAUUGGCUGUGUACGUGAGGAAAAUAUGGAGAGUAUUGCCGAAUCUCAAAACUCAAUUAUUUUCUUGGUGGAGAACUGGGAGAAAGGUUUAUCCUCUAAAUUAUUGUAAGAUAUUUUAGAUGUCUAGCAGAAGGCAUUUUCUGGAAAUUGUUACUGUUGUAAUGGCAGAUAGGCAUGGGAAGUGGUUUGUCCGCUGUAGUGGCUCUUCAGCACAUCUGCUCGGCCUAAACAGUUCUCAGAGCAUUGUCGCUGCCAUCAGUGGAUAAAAACAGGGGAGCUUGGUUUAAUAGGUCUGCAAUUGUUGAAGAUAUUUGGGGCAGUGUUGUUAGAAGUUGAAUCAACUGCAAUGUAAACAUGAAUGAUUAAAUUAAACAUACUCAGGUGAUCUUGCCAGAUGUCUUUAUUGAGAUGGAAUUUAGUUGCAGAAUUGCAGUGAAACAAAAGCAGAUUGUAACCCUUGUACC